AUGAUAGAUUCAUUUUUCAGUCUGGCGCUAAGAGUCUCGUUUUUCUUUUCUUUUGUUCUUUUACUUCUCAAAGCCGAAGCAAGAGAAAAAAAAACCUCAAAACAAAAUUGUAUAAUUGCAGAUAACAAUAGACUCAUAACGAGAGGAUUUAAACCUCAGCUCUGUAUGAAAAAUGCCACAAUUAUGAACUCAACAAAUGCAAUUUGUCGAGAAAACAUUGGAAUGAUAAGUGACCACAUCAAUCACCAUAGGAGAAACAUUUACAAUGUGUGGUGCUUGAGGAUAAAUAAUGAUCUUGAAAUAGCUUUAACAGAAAAUCUUGACAGAAAUUAG